GCGCGCCUCAACCGGAAGCGGAUGUUGUCUGUUUUGAUGACGUUUUGUGAUUCGACUCCACGUAGGCUCGUAGCAACAUAAGUGCAAAAAAGAAAACAUGGCGGAAACAGAGGAGAAGCAGGAAAACGGGAGCAAACAGCUGUUUGCAGGAUUAUCAGAUGUCUCCAUAUCAGGAGAUAUUCCAGUGGAGGGGGAGAUCACGGUUCCUAUGUCCUCACAGUCACAGGAAGAUGACUUUUCUACAUUGGAUGAGCCAGUUAGGGACACCAUUAUGCGGGACUUAAAGGCUGUUGGGCAGAAGUUUUUUCAUGUUAUGUACCCAAAAAAGAGUAAUGCACUUCUGAGAGACUGGGAUUUAUGGGGCCCUCUUGUGCUUUGUGUCACCCUUGCGUUAAUGCUUCAAGGUGGCUAUGCCAACAGCAAAGAUGAUGGCGGUCCCCAGUUUGCUGAAGUGUUCGUGAUCAUCUGGUUUGGGGCCGUGGUUAUCACUUUGAAUUCUAAGCUACUUGGCGGAACCAUUUCGUUCUUCCAAAGUCUGUGUGUGUUGGGAUACUGCAUCCUGCCGCUGACAGUGGCCAUGCUGAUAUGUAGGCUACUGCUCUUCGCAAGUGUAAGCACGGCGAUAUUCAUCCUGCGGCUGGUCAUAGUGACAGUAAUGUUUGGCUGGUCUACUUUUGCCUCAACUGCUUUUCUGGCGGACAGUCAGCCCCCCAACCGGAGAGCCUUGGCAGUCUAUCCCAUAUUCCUAUUCUAUUUUGUCAUCAGCUGGAUGAUCCUGACCUUCAACCCUUCUUCCCUUUAGUUCGGAUGAGUGUCUCAUUACAGAAGGACUUCAAUGGGCUUGAAGACUAGGACUUUUCUGGUGGAAUGAAGAUCACAUGACAUCAGUAUCUAAUUUGGCACCAAUGCUGAAAUGAAAGCGGGGAAAUACACUGGUGUCUGCAGGAGUCCAAGGAGCUUUGGUGUAGUUUUUCUGUACAUAGCCCUGCACUAAAUCUAUAGCUAUCUACUGUUUUCCCACUGCUCAUCUGCAUUCUAGGAGGUUGUACUUCAUCACAAGUAUUGUGACAUCUAGGUCUGUUGCUGUACUGGGAGUGUUUACUAAGAUACAUGUAAUGUAAAAAGUCAUUACUUUUCUUAGGGCUCGAGCACAUGACUGUGAUCCGCCUGGUAUCCACAGUCCAUGUGUCUGCUGCAUCUCCUGAUCUGAACUGACUGUUCAUUAUGGUUUAUGAUGAAGUCAGUCUUUGUCUGAUGGCGGAGCUAUUGUAAUGUGUGAUGAGUACACUGCAAUAGCUCCGCCAUCAUAUAGACUGACUGUAUCAUAAAUAUAUAUAGUCAGUUGGGGUCAGUGGAGCUGCGUCUGACACAAACCAUUUCCCUUGGUUGACUGCAGUCGUGAGCAUGAGCCCUUAGUUGCAUCCUGUUGGCUUACACUCACGUCCAGUGAUAGGAUUGUAAAUCAAAGGACAGAGAAAAAGAAUUGCCUAAUGAUUAUAAUGUGCAAGUACAAUAGAAAAGUAACCAUGCAAUGAAAACUGACAUCUGAAAGGACACCGACUGGCUUUGACCAGCUUAAUAAGUGUAAAUGUAAUACUGCCUUUAUGUUUACUGCUUUAGACACUUUAUGCCAAUAGCAGCAGAUGAAGAGUUCAAAGCUCCGGAGCAAAAGGAGCAUCCUUGGAAUUACUGAAAGAGACUGGAAAAUACAUACAGUGAGGCCUUUCUUAUCCUGUUCAAAUGCACGUAUCCAACCGGAUUACAUUUAAACAACCAGUGGAGGGCGCUGCACUGGUUAUGUCCAUAUACUGUAUGUAUGAAUGUUAUGCAUAUGGAGUAUAUGCUAGAAGCGGUUGAGUCAAAGAUAAAUGUAAUUGACAGAAGAAUCUGCUACAAAGGGGACUAUGCAUUGCUUUCUCUCAUGUGCAGGGCCGAAUGAGUAUAUUCAAUUACUAUUGUGCUUAUUUCUUUCUUGGGGGUGUUAUAGCACAUUUGGAGAGCGGUCAGCUGUGAAUUUCUUUAAAUAUGAUUUGUUUUAAAUUAAAUUGUAUAAUGCAAUCUCUAUAUUUAUAAUUUAUUAAACUUUUUUUUUUUUUUUUAUAUGAAGAUGUGUGUUAGUUUUUUUUCCUGGUAAUGAAAUGGUAUCAAUAAGGCCCAUUUCACACGGUAAGUAUUUGUAAGCCAAAACCAGAAGUGGAACCUACAGAGAAAAUGUAUUUUAUAUAAAUAUUUGUGCCUUUUCUGUGUUUUAGACCCAGUCCUGGUUUUGGCUUACAAAUGUCCAUGGGAAAAAGAGGCCUAAUAGUGAUGUCUCAUUAAAGACAUUGAUUUGUUGGUGGUCCAACUGCUGGGACUCCCACCAAAUAUGUUGAGCAUGUACCCUGCCACUCCAUUUAUUCUCUACAGGACUGCUGGACAAUCGCCUAUUUCCGGCAGUCCCAUAAAAAAUUUAUGGUAGCAGGGCAAAUGCUUGACCUAGGGCAGCACAUGUGUUGGUUUUAUUAUGUAUGUGUGUUUUACCGCUGAUCAAAUUAGUUUCUUUUUGAUGUGCCUGACUAAUCCUAUGAUCCCUAAAAUCACAGUUGUCUGAGCUGUGCAUUGGCAAAUAUGUAUUUUUUAGGAAGAAUAUAACAUAAUAAAACAGUGGUAGAAU